AUGAAGUAUUGGAAAGAUUUACUAGACUUUGCUAGUAAAGCAUGGGAAAUGGGCCGCUCUGAUCCCAGGAAAGUCAUCUUUGCAAUAAAAAUGGGACUGGCUUUGUCCAUUGUUUCUCUGCUAAUAUUUUGGAAAAAAUCAUAUCAUGACAUUGGUCAGUACUCAAUCUGGGCUAUCCUCACGGUCAUUGUGAUGUUCGAGUUUAGCAUAGGAGGGACUUUCAUUAAGGGAUUCAAUCGUGGGUUGGGAACAUUGUUUGCUGGAAUACUUGCCUUCUGCUUUGCUGAGCUAUCUUUGCUGGCUGCAAACUUGGAAGAAGUUGUAAUUGUUAUGAGCAUUUUCAUCGUUGGAUUUUUCGCAUCUUACUUGAAGCUGUACCCAACAAUGAAGCCCUACGAGUACGGCUUUCGGGUUUUUGUGUUGACAUAUUGUAUCCUCAUGGUUGCUGGGAACAGAACAAGGGAAUAUAAUGAGGCAGUUGCGACUCGAUUGGUGCUUAUUGCAGUGGGUGCUGCUGUUUGUUUGGUUGUGAACAUAUGCAUAUACCCCAUAUGGUCAGGAGAGGAUCUGCAUAACUUGGUAGUGAAAAAUUUCAAGGGAGUUGCGGCUUCAUUAGAGGGCUGUGUUAAUGGGUACUUGAAGUGUACUGGAUAUGAGAGGAUCCCAUCAAAAAUUCUUACAUACCAAGCUGCAGAUGAUCCGCUAUACAAGGGCUACCGAUCCGUGGUAGAAUCUACGAGCCAAGAAGAAACUCUGUUGGGCUUUGCAAUCUGGGAACCACCUCAUGGGCGUUACAGAAUGUUGAAAUAUCCUUGGAUAAAUUUUGUCAAACUAAGUGGUGCACUGAGGCAUUGUGCAUUUAUGGUUAUGGCUCUACACGGAUGCAUUCUUUCCGAAAUACAGGCCCCAGCAGAAAAGAGGCAGGUCUUUUGUAGCGAGCUCCAGCGGGUAGGAGCAGAAGGUGCAAAAGUCUUGCGAGAACUUGGAAAGAGAGUAGAGAAGAUGGAAAAGCUAGGCCCUGGCGACAUACUCAAAGAUGUGCACGAGGCAGCAGAGCAUUUACAGAAGAAGAUAGACCAAAAAUCGUACCUUCUGGUCAACUCAGAGAGGUGGGAAAUUGGAAGACGGCCUAAACAGCUAGAAGAAGACCCUCAAAGGCUUUUGGAUGCUAAGGAACAUGAUGAUAUGCAAUUGGGUUUUAAGUCCUUAAGUGAAACUGUGCUUGACCUGAGGCCAGUUACAACAGCAUGCACACCUUGUGCACCACAAAGUGCUUCAUCAGACAACAUGUUUAGGGAUCAAGCAUCUUGGCCCUUGCCUCUCUCAUUUGGUGGCCAUGGAGUCAUUAAUGAAGAUGAUUGCAGAACAUACGAAAGCGCAAGCGCCUUGUCCUUGGCCACAUUCGCAUCGCUUCUGAUCGAGCUUGUUGCCCGGCUCCAAAAUGUGGUUGACACCUUCCAAGAACUUGGGGAGAAAGCAGACUUUAAGGUGCCUGUUCUUAAUGCACCGCCUACAAAGAAAUCUGGGAUUUGGCCCUGGUAG